AUGUUUUUAAUAUUCAAAAAUGAAAAUCGAAUCAUGAAUCUUUACAAAGAAGAUAGUGACAAACUUAAUGAUGAUGAUGCUUUGAUGAAUCUGGUUCCUAGGUUACCUGUGGCUACAUUCGAUAGUUAUGAUCCAAGUAUUCCACCUGAAAACGGUGCAGAUUAUUUACGACGAGUUCAACUUGAAUCUCAACAAGAACCGAGUAUAAAAGUGGCCGAACAAAUUUUGAUUCGAAAACCAAAAUGUUAUGAUUAUCACGUGAAAUCGAUUGAAGAAAAGGAAUUUAUACGUUCACUGCCUGCGUUUGAAAUUCAUGAGCAAUCAAUAGUACCAUCACUGAUUGAAUCAUUUUUAACAUUACGCCAACAUAUCGAUGAUUUACGAACAAAAUGUUCUGACACUCGAAAACUAAUCCAACAUACCCGUAAAUGGUGGCGUGAAUAUUGUUUCAGCCAUGAAAAUAAAUCUAACCACAUGGGAUAUAAGCCUGAAAAUUCUUAUCAUACUAAUUUGCCUCGAUUAUCAUUACUAGCUAGAAUUAGUCAAAAAGAAGUUUGCCGAUUAUUAUACUAUCAUUACGAAUGGUUACGAGAAGAUGGUCAUGAAAAAUUCACUAUCGAAAGAGGCCUAUGGCUUUAUUCACUAUUGGCCGCAUUGGAUUCUAUUCAACCUGAUGAUACCUAUUGUUUAUUAAGGCAAAUUACUCGUCUUUGUAGUCGUAUGCGAAAUGAAUUCCAAAUCUAUCUUUAUGACAAUAUUAGCGGCAAGGAUGGUGAUGAUGUGAGAAUAACGGUGACGGUUGGCCAUAUUGCUAAUGAUAAUCAAUGUAGCGUAGUAUUCCAAAAACUUGCUUCAUUGAAUCUGAUCAUCUUGUUGGUGGGAUAUUAUUUCAAUCAAAAAGAUUUACUCGAUAGUUGGAAAUAAGCAGUGUUCUGUCCAAUGAAUGUAAACAAAACUUGUUAUAUUGGUUCUCAGAGAAUAACAAAAGCGAAAUUUUUUUUUUUUUGGUUGCCUGAUGAUGACAAUGGAAACAAGAGACGAAACCAGCAGACAAUCACCACCAAUCUAUCUUUAGAUAAUAAUAAUAAUAUAUCCUGACAUGUUUAAUAUAUAUGAUGAUGACAUUGAAUGACAAUUUGUAUCACCGUAUCUGUCUCUGCCAUUUUCAAUCAACAUCAUCAUCGCUUUCGUUUGUCGUAGCAACAAAUGCACUGAAAUCUGAAUGAUUAUAAUUCUGUGUUAAACUAUCAAUUGAUCAAUAAAUAAAAAUAUUUUUGGCUACAAAAUCAAAAUCAAAUCAAUUUCGUAUAAAUAUGAACAAUGGAACAAAAUUGCCUUAAUCUUAUCAUCCAAUUAAAUAAUAUUUUUUCCAUUUUUUUCUGA